AUGAGUGCUAUUAGGGAGUUCUUUAAGGAGGAGUGCCAACUCCAUAUGGUUGGUUUAGAAUACCAAAAACCUUCUCAUUUUUUUCUAAGUGCUUGGCAAAAUACGCGAUCACCAGUGCCACUUUUAAUAUGGAGAGUUCUGCUGUUCUUGACUUCUAUAGGCAUCGUCCUUACUUCGUUUAUAACGUAUGUUUUAAGUCCCAUUUCUAUAGGAUUCUGGUUCAUAUAUCUGACUCACUGGGGACUAGUUAUGAUGGUACUCGCAACUGGAUUUGGAGUAGGAAUCUCAGCUCGUUGUUAUUUUUAUGGGCCAAUUGGAACUCAAUUCUCGCUGCCGUGGUAUGUAAAAACCUACUGGAUUUUAUGUAACAUCUCAAUACCGCUGGCAUUUCUCAUCACUGUUUUUUACUGGACCUUACUAUAUGAAGAGGGUGUAGAAGAGGAAGUGAGUCGAGGUCUCGACAUAGCCAUACAUGGAAUUAACUCCCUAGUAAUGUUUCUUUUUCUACUCGGCUCGUCACACAAAACUCGAAUCGUACACGUAGUGCAUCCCAUCAUCUUCUCCUGCAUCUACGUAGUCUUUAAUCUCAUAUACUACAUCGCUAAUGGAACUAAUCCGUUAGGUGACCCAUACAUAUAUCCAGUGGUAUAUUGGGGCAACCCUGGGAUUGCGAUACUAGUGAUAUUUAUAACACUCUUACUGCUAUUUAGCUUGCACUUCGUUACUAUUGGAUUGGCGGCAGCACGAGACGCCAUUGCCAACAAGAUUUUGCGACCUUCAGUGACAGUCCACGCUCAGGAGGACAUUGGGUUGAGGACCAGAGGAGAAUCGACAGUUUAA